AUGGCAGCUGCUGAGGAAGGAGAGGAGAGCUGUAAGGGGUUAAAGCGGUGAGUGAUGGGUGUGGGAGUCCGGGUAAAGCAGGGGCUGUGGGUUCAGUUAUUAGUGUCUGGGAUGGUUUAUUAAUGGCUGCUCUCUGUGUGUCUCUCUCUGUGACUGGGGUGCUCUCUGUGUGUCUGUCUAUCUCUGUGACUGGGGUGUCUGUGUGUCUGUCUAUCUCUGUGACUGGGGUGUCAGAGCUGUGUGUCUCUGUCUGUCUCUCUGUGUCUCUGUCUCUCUGUGUGUCUCUCUCUGUGACUGGGGUGGCUCUCUGUGUCUGUCUGUCUCUCUGUGACUGGGGUGUCUCUGUCUGUCUCUCUGUGACUGGGGUGUCAGAGCUGUGUCUCUCUGUCUCUCUGUGUGUCUCUCUGUGUGUCUCUCUGUGUGUCUCUCUGUGACUGGGGUGUCAGAGCUGUGUGUCUCUCUGUGACUGGAGUGUCUCUGUCUCUCUGUGACUGGGGUGUCAGAGCUCUCUAUGGGUCUCUCUGUGACUGGGGUGUCAGAGCUGUCUGUCUGUUUAUAGGAAUAUCCUGCUCCCAGACCCAAAUAUUAUCAUUAUUAUUAUUAUUAUUAUUAUAUCUGUACCUGGAGUGUUACUGGGAGGCUUCAUUAACUGAGGCAGGGAGAGGUCAUAAUGUUAUCACACCAUCUGAUUCCUUUCAUGAUCCAUCACUCUCAGCCAGCCAGUGUUCUGGUGGUUUGUAUCCCCUCCCCCAGUGGGAGACCUAUUGUAUAACUGGAGAAUAAGCUGUUAUAAACUGUCAUCAAGCCCAAGAUAUCCCAUUCAGUAAUAUAAUUACACCAUCUGAUUCCUUUCAUGACCCAUCACUCUUAGCCAGCCAGUGUUAUAGCGGUUUGUGUCCCCUCCCCCACUGGGAGACCCAUUGUAUAACUGCAGAAUAAGCUGUUAUAAACUGUCAUCCCAACCAAGAUAUCUCAUUCAGUAAUAUAAUUACACCAUCUGAUUCCUUUCAUGACCCAUCACUCUCAGCCAGCCAGUGUUAUGGCGAUUUGUGUCCCCUCCUCCAGUGGGAGACCCAUUGUAUAACUGGAGAAUAAGCUGUUAUAAACUGUAAUCAAGCCCGAGAUAUCCCCUUCAGUAAUAUUAAUAAGACUGUGAAGUAAUGGGUAAAGCCUGGUACACCCAGCAGUCUCUGACUACACUUCCCCAAUGCUCAGACAGUUAUUUUUCUGGCUGUGCUUGUGUGUAGUGCAACAGCUGGAGGUGAUGGAGGUUUGGCAUCACUGUCAGUUUAACACUUUACAGGGGACACUAAGCUACAAUAAUUAUUACAGCUUGUUGUAGUGUAAGGAAGCAGACUCAGAAUUCUUGCCUUUUUGCUUCUUGUCGGUUUUCUCUUAUUUUUGAAAUUUACUCGUUUUACCCGGGGCCCAUAUCUCUGCCUGCUAAUGACAGGUGGGUGAGUCUAGCUUCCCUUUCACUGUCACAACACAUCGGCUGCUUGCACUGUACAAGUCAGUCUCAUUUACCUCCAGGAACUGUGCAAUGAUAUAAUACACAGCACAGGCCCCUGCCUGGCCCAGUGGACAACUCUCUGAGCUUUACAUCAAUCUGGGUGACUGUACACGUUCCCAUACCAGAUUUAUUUUUUUAAAUUUAUUUUUAUUGGUUCUGUUAAAUGGGAAAUGCCCUUUUGCCCCAUAGAGAAACACCGAGGGGGAAAAGAAAAUUCAUUCCAAAGCUUCUUAUAACGAUGAGUUGCUCUAUAAAGCGAUUGUCUAAAAUUCUCAUCAGAGCCAAUAGUAGAAAGGGCUGCGUACAAACUAAGAAAUGUUAUCAGAGGCAGAUUGUUUUUAUUUAUUUUUUUUAAAAUGGUUUUUAUUUUAUUUUUUUAUGAAAAACUAAGCUUGAUGGAGGCUCCAAUUUUUUUUAUUUUUUUUCUAUAAUCUAACCUUGAACCGCAAUCCUGAAUUUUGUGCACUGUUUUUUCUGCCACUGGAUCUGUGAGGGAAGUAUGUAUUGGGCGGGAUGCACUCAGGGGGUCUCUACUAUGAGUGCCUUCUCAUCACUUGUGUGUUAACAUCUUAUCAGGCUUGGUCAACCCCUGGCUGAGAUUGACUGGAAUUAGAUUUUACAUCAGAUGUUUAGCAAGUGGUUACUGCAUCAUUCCAUCACACUGAAUAAGAUCCAGUAGGGGCAUACAGCAAACGUUCCCCUUAUUCAAUUGUUAUAUCAAGCUUGCCCCUAUUGGAUCGUCAGGUGAUGCUCUCAGCCAAUUCAUUUUGUCCAGGUGUAAUUGACAUCACAAUGCCGAAGUAGAGAUCUAUGGUAAGAGGAGGUUGGACCCGAUGUGCCCUAGGUACUUGUGUAAGUGGCUAGCCGUUUGAAAAUGGUUUGACUACUUAUCAUGGGAUGGCACCACACAUUAUACGUUUAUCAUGCAUAAACAGGUGUCCAAAAUAUCGUUUUGUGAGUAAAUAGGAUUCAAGCAUGCUAAAACACCUUUAACCCUUUGAGCACAGUUGAAUUUUCACAGGAUCCCACACAUUUAUCAGCCAGCUGUUUGUAACCUGGCUGGUAAACACAUUGUUUAAAGGGACACUACAGGCACUCAUACCACUUCAGCUUAUUGAAUUGGUCUGGGUACAGUGUCCCUAUUGCAGGUAGUGCUGCAAUGCAAAACAUUGCAGUUUUAGAGAAACUACAAUGUUUACAUUGCAGCACUAAGACAGCUUCUAGUGGAUGUCUACCAGACAGCCCCUAGAGGAGCUUUCAGAAUGUUAUCGGACUCUGCAUAUGGAAAUCCAGCGUCAGCUAUUUCCCCAUAGGAAAGCAUUGAUUCAAUGCAUUCCUAUGGUGAUUGCCUAAUGUGCGCGUCACUUGCUGCGCAUUAGCAGCGAAGUUGGAAGAGGCAGUGCCAAGGCACAUAUUUGCGUUGGGACCAGGUAAGUAAAUGAAAGAAAGAGGGAAAAUCCCUAUAUUUGACUCUGUAACGUUACAAAACCCCAUAAAACCUGUACAUGGCAGUACUGUUGUACUCGUGAGACAUCGCUGAACACAAAUAUGUGUAAUUUAUUGCAAUUAAAAACUACCAGUAUUUACAGAUACAAUGCCAUACAGAACUUGGAAAAUAACAAAUGUCUUAAUCUCUCAAACUGUUUAGAUUUUAUUCAUAUUGAAUUGUUUCUUAUAAAAAUAGGAUGUGAAAUGAAAGCCCUAUUUCGCCUUAAUAAUAUUAUAUAUGGGAGUGGGUGCACUUAAUAUGCAAGCGGUGAGUUACAAUUCAAACUGCAUAAAUUUGAGGGUUUGUUUUGAUCAGAACGUGUACAAUUGCCUCCGUCCUUAAGUGGUUAAGGGGAUACUGCAGAGCCAGGAAUACAAAGGUGCAUUCCUGGCACUAUCGCUGCCCCCCUCUUCCUUUAUUUACUUACUUUUUCCCGGCGCUGGGUUGAUGCUCCGCCACCUCAUCCGUCCCGUGACGAGCAUGGUCCAAUGCGCAUGUACGGCAAAUACACCCAGACCACUUGAAUGGGCUGAAGUGGUCAGGGUGCCUAUUGUGUCCCUUUAAAAAUGGAAUGGUAUCGGUUCUGGCUUGUCUCUAUUUCUAUAGCUGUUUUUUAUUUAUUUUUAUUUACGUUUGGGUUAUGCAUGUUUAAAUCAUUAAAUGCCAAGGAAACUACAAUUUUAAUUAAAACAUAAUGUCAUGCUAGAGCAAGCUAACUGAAACCUUAUGUGAAAUGGAAUGCACUUUACGUGCUUGAAAUAAUUCCAAUCGUUAAAAUACCUUUUAUAGACUACAUUUGUGUCAGAGCAUAUUUCUCAUCUCCCCACUCCCCCCUUAUACUGCGGCUAUUAAUUGUAACCUUCAAAAUAAGCUUGCUGGAGUUUGUACGUUUAUUUAUAAUAUGCUGACAAAAUGUGCCACGUUCUGCCAUUAAUAUAUGAAAACUUUUAAUCAAAGGCAAUUUUAACUACUUUUGAGGUUUUUAAAAAAAAAAAAAAAAAUUUGGCUGGGCACUUGCACGUUGCUUAAUUCAUGUGGUAAAUUAAAAGUAAAUGUUUUAACUUCUGGAAAAACUUACCAUUUCCAUGUUCACAGUACAUUGGGCAUACUUUUAUACCACUGACAACAGUUACACAACUGGUAAUCUAGCACGUGUAGAUAUUCUGGAGAUAGGAAAAAAGGUAAAGCUGAUGGGCUCUUAACCCCAUAAACUUAAAGGGGCUCUCCAGUGCCAGGAAAACAUCUGUUCCUCUCCCUCCCACCCCCAUCCCAUGAUGCUGAAGUGGUUAAAAACCCUUCAGUGACUUGCCUGAAUCUUGCGCCAAUGUCCCUCAGCGCUGGGUCAGGCUCCUCCCCCGCUGACGUCAGCCGGCGGGUGAGACCUAAUGUGCGGCAAUGGACGCGCGCAUUAUACCUCCCCACAGGAAAGCAUUAUUCAAUGCUUUCCUGUGGGGAUUACGGCGACGUUGGAGGUCCUAAUGCAUAGCGUGAGGACGUCCAGCGUUUUUAAAAACACUUUUCUUGUUCUAAGAACAUGGAACUCCCUCUAGUGGCUGUCUAAGAGACAGCCACUAGAGGAGGACUUAACCGUGCAAAGUAAAUAUUGCAGUUUAUAAAACCUGCAAUAAUUACACUUGAAUGGUUAAGGGUGCUGGGAGUUGGCACCCUGACCACUCCAAUGGGCAGAAGUGGUCUGGGUGCCUGGAGUGUCCCUUUAAUAACUUAAUUGCUAAUUUUCUAAUAUGUAAUUGUAACAUGUAUUUAAGAAUCUGUAUUCCUAUUCCUCAUAGCGAAGCAUUGAGGACCUAAUGAACAUGCACGGCGAACUCACACAUUCAGACUUGAAUCAGUGCUUUCCUGUGGGGAGUACUCAAAUGGAACCUGUAGCCACUUACCUUGGCCUCUGCUCCACUACCACAAUCACAUUAGUGAGAUGCACCACUGUUGUUCUCAGGUCCUCCCACGCUUCUCCUCUGAUCACUGAUUUGCCCUGCGGGAGGGCAACCCUCCUAAGUGAUGCCGACAUACAUGCUUCAUUGGCAUCUGAACAGAGUUAAGUGACACCACCUUUCCUUUACCCCCUAGCAGGCGCUGGCAGUGCUGUCUUGGGGGUUUCUAUAACAACCACAGCGGCCUACAGGUGCCCUUUAACCCUGCAAUGUUUUAGAUUGCAGGGUUAAGAGAAUUUUAGGUGUUGUCGACUAUAUCUCCCUUAAAGGGACACUACAGGCACCCAGACCACUUCAGCUUAAUGAAGUGGUCUGGGUGCCUGGUCCAGCUAGGGUUAACCCAUUUUUUUCAUAAACAUAGCAGUUUCAGAGAAACUGCUAUGUUUAUCAAUGGGUUAAGCCUUCCCCUAUUUCCUCUAGCGGCUGUCUCAUUGACAGCCGCUAGAGGCGCUUGCGUGCUUCUCACUGUGAAAAUCACAGUGAGAGCACGCAAGCGUCCAUAGGAAAGCAUUGUGAAUGCUUUCCUAUGUGACCGGCUGAAUCCGCGCGCAUCUCUUGCAGCGCGUGCGCAUUCAGCCGAUGGGGAGGAGGAUCGGAGGAGGAGAUCUCCCCGCCCAGCGCUGAAAAAAAGGUAAGUUUUAACCCCUUCCCCCCCUUCCAGAGCCAGGCGGGAGGGGGACCCUGAAGGUGGGGGCACCCUCAGGGCACUAUAGUGCCAGGAAAACGAGUAUGUUUUCCUGGCACUAUAGUGGUCCUUUUAAGCUCAUUGAAGUGGUCUUAGUGCAGUGUCCCUAUUGCCCCUAGUGCUGCAAUGUAAAGCAUUGCAGUUCAAUAGAAACUGCAAUGUUUACAUUGUAGCACUAAGUCUGCCUCCAGUGACUGUCUACCAGACAGCAACCAAAGGCGCUUCCUGGAUGUUAAUGGACUGUUGCUCGGGUAACUGUCACCGAACGUGCUCCUGCUGUGCAUGAGUACAUCCAGCGUCUGCUAUUUCACCAUAGGAAAGCAUUGAUUUAAUGCUUUCCUACAGGGAGGCCUAUUCCGCGCACAUGCAAAUUGGCACCCGCUUGUUGAGGGACCUCAGAAUAGGUGAACUCGCCACUCAUAGACAAGGGACAUUGACGCUGGGAUCUGGUAAGUAAAGGGUUUUUAACUCUUUAUUCACGACUGGGGGGGAGGGGGGAGAGAGAGUGCUAUAGUGCCAGGAAUACAGCUUUGUAUUCCUGGCUCUAUACUAUCCCUUUAAUGAUCUUACAGCUAUAAUGCUGGCAAAGCAUCUAGGGAGGUGUAGUCUGCAACAUCUGAAGUUCUGAAUAUUGUCUACCACUGUUGCAGAACCUAUGAUUAUGGGUACUACAAUACUUGGAACCAUUAAACCCUCUCACUGCUGGUAUUACAAGUUUGGCAGACAAGACUCGUCUGUGCUCCUUGAUUAUAGUUACAAAGUAUAAUUCUAGAACUGGACAAUACAUAUUUAUUUUUUUUUGUCAUCUCAGAAUGGUGGAAAAUUCCAGCCCUUCUAUAUUUAUUUCCAAAACCAGUAGAUUUUUUUUUUUUUUUUUUUUUAAUGCUAUGUAGUAAGUGGUCUUUACUUUAGGGUGGCCAGAGAGCUGAGCUACUGUAGUACAAUGUAUUAUUGUAGGCUGUAGUAUGUCUGGAAUGUGUAUGGGCUGUAUGUGUUUAUUACGGCUUUCAUAUCGCACAGAUCAAAUUAGUUUUCUGACAUAUGAAUGGCGCCUCAAAAGCUAUCUGCUCUCAUGUAAGGGUCUUUAUUUUAUUUACUCUCUCUGUUUUCUUUCUGAUCCACUAAUAAUUUCACUAAAUGUAUGUAUAUUAUUUGUAAUGUAGAUAAAUUGUGUUUGUCAUCUGUACACACGCUGCUUAUAUGUUUACAUUUAUCUUUACCUUUCCGAUAUUGGGAGCAAUUCACAAACUAGCAUUAUAAAAUCCUAUCCGGUUUUAUUAAUAUAAUCAAAAUACAACUGCUUGAAUUAUCUGUAUUGUUUGUAAAUAAUUUGAGGGAAGACAGAAACAAUUGGUGUAAAUAUACAUUUUUAUAAAAUCUACACAAAACCUAGGAUUGCCAGAAUGUUAAUUUCUACAAACAUGUCUUUGCCUAUUCAUUGUUUACAAUGGAAUUUCUUUUUGCUUCGAAUUGUAUGAUCUGAUUAUUCUAGAACAGCCCCCCUGUUAUACCAAACUGGGGAAUAGGCCAGGGAAUUAGAAAUAUGGGGACAAAAUAGAAAUAUUUAUCUAAUUCGCCAGUUUUAUUUCUCCCUUCUUCCUCAGUGAGUCUGGCUAUUUUAAUCUAAAAUGGGGAAUUCCCUGCUCUGUUGCUGACCAUGUAAUAAGCAGCUGAAUUGUGAUCCUACAUUAACUCCUUAAUGACAGAUUAAAUGCCAAGACUCAAACAAUAUGACCAGCAUCUUUUCCUGAAGUGGUUUAAAAAAAAAAAAAAUGUUUAUAUUGGACUGUUAUGAGCAUAAGAAAUGUUUUGGAUUUUUUUUGUACAUUCCAUCAAAAUUCAAUUUCCACCUGUUUUUUUUUUGUAAGCCAGCAAACGUAUGAAUUCACAUGGUAGAAGGAAAGUUAUGUCUUCAGAAAGGUUUUUUGCUGUAGUGGUUGUGGUGCUUACAGUGCCCAUUUAAUAAUAUACUCCUUUUUUAACCCCUUAAGGACACAUGACAUGUCAUGAUUCCCUUUUAUUCCAGAAAUUUGGUCCUUAAGGGGUUAAAGAAACCAGACAGCAGCAUGAACUGUUAAACAAGACUGUAAGAGAGACUUUUCUUUUUGUAUUUUUUUUUCUAAUAUUGAUAAUGGUCCAAUGCUAUUCUUUCACAAUAUCUGCUGCAUACUGUUUCCAUUUGCAGAGAUGCGCUGUGCAGCAUCGUUAUCUGCAAUGAUGCCUCACUCCGAAGCCAGCCGGUUAUUUAUAACCCAGAUUUUUUUGUGGAGAAACUGCGCCAUGAGAAUCCAGAGGCCUUUACCGAGCUUGUGGUCAGCAACAUCACCCGGUUAAUAGAUCUGCCUGGUACAGAGUUUGCUCAGCUCAUGGGAGAGGUAGAGCCCAAACUUCCUGGAACUAACGGAGCCUCCACGUCAUUCUUCAGAUCUCUCAACUUCCUUAAACGUAAAGGUUUGUUAAAUACCUGUUUUUGGACUUUUUUCAGACCAGAAAUUAAGUUAAAUAGAUAAAAUCUUUUAUUUUUAAUUUUUUUUUUUUUAAAUCUUUUGAAAUGCUUACAUGUUGGAAUUUGAUUGAUAUUCCAAAGCAAUCAAGAUAUGACAAAUUAGAGGCUACUUUUUAUUAUGAAUGUUUCCUACACUUGGCAAAAGGCAGUGUUACCCUUCUCACUUCCCACAACUGCCACUAGAGGCUCUUGUGGGAAUUUGCGAGAGUACAGCAUUGAUGUGGCCUCUUGGCAGAUGAACUGCCAGGAGUUGUGGAGAUUCCAUUGGAUAGGCAUGGUAAGUGAAACUUACCUUCCCAUGCACCCUGGUCCACCGCUUUGCAGGGUCUUCCAGGGGCUACGAGAAACAUAACCAUUAUAGUGUUUAUGUUGCUUAGUCAGUCACAUUAGUAAUGAUUGGCGAAGCAGAUUUUAUGUAUAAAGCAUUUCUUACAUUUGCUUCCUCCACACUCCUUAUACACAGAUAUCUAUGGUUAUAAUAGAAAAUAAAGUGGUCGUGUACAUUUAUAUUUUUGUCCCCUUCCUUCCCCUCGUUUUGUAAUUACAUUUUUUUUUUUUUUUUUUUUUAAACUUCCCUAGAUUUGUUUUUACACAUUAGAAAAAGCAGUCAUUUUGACAUUGAGCAUACAUUUGGCAAAGUUCCCAUUCCGGUUCCAGGCUAACUUAACAAUUACCUGUCAAUCAAAAUGAUCCCACAGAAGGGCAAACCGAAGAUGACAUAGACAGAGGUGAACACAAUGGCAGUUCCUGGACAUUGAGCUCUGAUCCAAGGAAGGAAAGAUACAUCGAAAGUGCAGGGGGCUAGGGCAGAGUAUAAUCAUUAAGAUACAUAGGCCACAAGGAAUACAUUACAGAAAGAAAAACAAUUUGUAGUGCUGCUGCUAAAAAAAUAAAAAAGCUCCAAAAAAAACUCACUAGACUGUUGUAGUAAUAAAUAGCUCUUUAACAGUUUAUUUCUUUUAUGCUAUGUUUGUUUAUAUAAAAGGUGAAAAUGCACAUUUAAAAUAAAAAAUAAAAACUUUAUGGGUGAUAUACAUUUUUGAGUAUUUUUUUUUCUUUCUUUCCCAUUGUUUCUUUCAAUUAUUAUUUUCUAGAGAAGGGGAUUGUAUUUGGAGCACCAUUGACAGAAGAAGGCAUUGCACAAAUAUACCAGCUUAUUGAAUACCUACACAAAAGUAAGUAUUAAAGUCACAUAUGCUGCCCUAUAUGGACUGUAAUUAAUUAAAAGGCAGAUAAACUUCAUGUAUUUAAAGGGACACUCCAGGCACUCAGACCACUUCUGCCCAUCACCCUUAAUCCUGCAAGUGUAAUAAUUGCAGUUUUUAUAAACUGCAAUAAUUAACUUGCAAGGUUAAGUCCUCCUCUAGUGGCUGUCUAUCAGACAGCCAAUAGAGAGACUUCCGUGUUCAUAGAACACGAAAAGUGUUUUAAACAAUGCUGGACGUCCUCACGAUUUUCAUGAGGACCUCCAGCGUCGCCAGAAUCCCCAUAGGAAAGCCGAGAAUAAUGCUUUCCUAUGGGGAGGUCUAAUGCAUGCGCAGCCGUUGCCGCGCAUGCAGUCUCCCCCAUCAGCUGACAGCGGGGGAGAAGCGUGGGUGGAGCCUGACCCAGCAUUGGAGUUGGAUUCAGGUAAGUCACUGAAGGGGUUUUAACCCCUUCAGCACCAUGGAAUGGGGGGCACUGCAGGAUUUGUUUUCCUGGCACUGGAAAGUCCUUUUAAAGUUUGUCUUAAUGUAUUUUUAUUACAUGUGCUACUGCUCAGGACACACUCUGAUGCUGUCCUUGUGUGCCUACAAUCUAAUCAGCUAGUCUUCAGACAUACAUGUACUAUCUCAUUCUGGGUACCAAUAAAUGUAAUAACUAUUGAAGCAGAAAUUAGAGCAGUAAUACAAAUCGUUUUCCAGCUGACCCAGCUAUGGCAAAUCUUUAGUUACUAAUGGAUGUGGCCAUUUUGCUGUUGCAUCACAAUUUUAAAAAAUUCCUGUCACCAUUUCUGAUCUAAAAAAAUGUCAGAAAGGAGGUGCAGGGUUGGGCUGCAGAGCUGAGUGGCAGACACCUUUUGUAGGCUCUAGUCUCUUUUUGCCUCUAAAAAGGCAAAUUUCAUGCUCAAUGAGAUCUUGGCCAAAGAAAGUACUAGAAUUAUUUGGGGGAACGCCCUGGCGCCUGGGAUUUGCCAGCUCUUAAAUGUGGCCGCUGGGGGGGGGGGGGGGGGAGAAAGAAUUGUCCCUUGUGCCAUGAGCCCUGUGGGACCGGAUUAUGUGGACCUUUUAGUAUACCAGAGGCUCUGAACAACGUUCACCGUUCCCAAGUGUGCGGCUGUUGCUAGUAGAGAGACAGGAGCUUCGGGGAUGUAGGAGGCGAGUGGCCUCCAAAUGCCCACUUUGUCACAAAUUGCUCUGCUUGUGGGCUUGAUCUGGCUUGGGGCUGAGGCAGACAACCCUAUUUUGCCUGUUUGUUUGCCCUGUUUUGCUAUACUGAAGUGGUUUCUAUGUUUUUGUCCAGAACUCACACCAUUAUUGAAAUGUAUCUUGGUUCCCUGUUCUGUGUCGAGCUUUCAAAGAAAUAUGCUUAUUUCCCUGCCAAUAUCUAUACUGAAAAAGUUCCGGUCUAUACUAAGUGCUUUGUUGGUCCUCACUCAUAAGACGAUCCCUAGAUUGCUGGCCUAGAGACCCUGUGAAGUAAUGUAGUUUGAUUGCCAUAAUAUUUGGCUUGUAGACAACUAUACUCGAGCAUGUUGCCAGUAUCCUUUUUACCCUCUGUGGAGUAUUUCAAGCAGAACGUACAGACUCCUACCAUCAUAACCUCUUCAAAUCAAGUGGUGGUUGGAGUAGCCCUUUUAGACUGCUCACUGCUAUAUUUGAGCUAUUAAAAGCUCAUGUAAAAACUAGGGACAUGCUAUGAAACAAAAAGGAAAAACUAGAAUUUCCAAAAAUCUCUUGGAAUGUGUAUUUUCUUAAUUUUAUCUCUUUUAACUGAAGACUCUCAUAAUGUAUAAUUUGCAAAUAUCUGUUGACAGUUUUUUAUUGCUCAAAUUUAGUUUUACAAAUAUUUUUUGUUUGUUUCGGAAGAUUUACGCACAGAAGGGUUAUUUCGUAUUCCUGGAAACAGCAACCGACAGCAGAUUCUGAAGGACGCUCUUAACAGUGGGAUUGAUAUUGAUGUGGAGUCUGGUGAAUUUCAUCCCAACGAUGUUGCCACACUGUUAAAAAUGUUUCUUGGUGAAUUACCAGAACCUUUACUGACACACCGGCAUUAUAAUGCUCAUCUGAAAGUUGCAGGUAAAAUAUGAUGGUUUUUAAUGUGCAUGGUAAAACAAAGAUUUCACAAUAGUGUUGAAUUUGGAGGAACAAGGCAUGCCUAGUUGUGUCCCCUGGGCUCUCCCCAAUGGUUGUAAGGUCUGGGGUGCAGGCUUUCUGAGCACCUUAAUUCGAGCAGCAGUAGAUUGCCAGAUUUAGACUGAGUUACCAGUUGGCCAUGUAGAUUAACACUCAGAUUGCAGGUAAGGCUCAGCCUCCAGUUUGUUGUAUUUUUCUGUUUUUGUUGUUUUGAUACACAAGACCUGUAGGAUACUUUUUUUUUUUUUUUUGGACUGCAUUAUGGAGUACUAAAUAAAAAAUCUGGCAUAUAAUAUUGUAAUACUGUAAUAUACCGUAUUGUGGUAAGGGGAGUAUCUGAUCGGCAGAGAAAAUGGCCAAUCAUAGCAAACAAACGGUUUGAUAAAACCAUGCCCUCUGCACCUAAAGUCCGUCAAGUCUGCAGCAGCCCAGAUAUGACAGAAGUGGCAAAAAUAGGUUAUGAAGGCUGGAGACAGGAUAUCAAUCUGACACCUGAAUGUGAUUUGUGUAAUGCUCACAAUGUUUACAGAUAUUUCAAUCCACUGAUCUGUGAGUUAAAGUACCAGUUACAUGUUUGGUGAGGAAUAAACACCAUUGGGAUCAUUUGAUUAAAUAAACUUUGAAGAGUAAUGUUAAAUAAUUCCUUUCCAGCAAUUGACUUAAAUUUAACCUUUUUAGGCCUUCUGCUUCUUGAUGACAAGGGCAACAGGACGGGAGUACCAGAUAAGGAGAGACAAAUUGAGGCUCUGCAGCUUCUUUUCUUGCUUCUCCCUUCACCAAACCGAAAUCUUCUCAAACUCCUGCUGGAUCUUCUCUAUCAGACUGCAAAAAAGCAAGACCGCAAUAAGAUGUCUGCACACAAUUUAGCCUUGAUGUUUGCACCUCACAUCAUGUGGCCCAAAAAUGUAAGUGCUGCUCAGUUCACCUUGAUGGCUUACGCUGAAUGCCAACGUUAACACACAGUCAUUGAAGUAUACAUUGGUCGUACCAUUCCUGUCUGCCGUGUUUCUUCUGAUUCUUUUAAAAAUAUUUAUUUUCUAGCUUACAGCAAAUGACCUGCAGGAACAUAUAAUAAAGCUGAAUAAUGGCGUGACGUUCAUGAUUAAGCAUUCACAGAAACUUUUUAAGGUGAGCUGGAGUAACUGAUAAAAUAUAUCUUGUGGCCACUUUUCAGCAAGACCCAGUUUGGAUUUCCUGCUGAGAGUAAUGGGUGGGAAUUCAGUCUUACUGUAACAUUGUAGAAUAUACAAAUACUCUCUUAAACACAAUAAUGUAUAAAGAGUAAAGUACUUAACUUAAGUGGAUAGCUUCCCAAGAUCACUUUCCUGAUGGUGACCUCUUACAAACGAUAUGAUGCAAAAUAUUAGGUAUACAGCUAGAAAUCUAUGGUACUGGAACAUUGCUCUGCGUGAUAUUUCUCAUAUUUCAUUCCCACCAGCUGUAAAUGAAUUUUGGUAAAUGCAGUUUUUUCUGGGUGUUUUAUAGUGAUGUCCCGAACUGUUCGCUGAACGGUUCGCCGCGGACUCAUCCUUGAGUAAACUUUGACCCUGUACCUCACAGUCAGCAGACACAUUCCAGCCAAUCAGCAGCAGACCCUCCCUCCCACCUCCUGGACAGCUCACUAAGAAUGCAGCUUCACAAUGGAUGCUGUCCAGGAGGUGGGAGGGAGGGUCUGCUGCUGAUUGGCUGGAAUGUGUCUACUGACUGUGAGGUACAGGGUCAAAGUUUACUCAAUGAUGAGUCCGUGGUGAACCGUUCGGGACAUCACUACUGAUAAACUAUAGGUUUGAAUGUUCUGUUAUGGGUCCUGACUCCUGACAGAUCUGGAACAAAUCCGGGGCCGUAUGCUAACUGCAGAAGUUGGUUUCUGUAGUGUUGUGUUAUAUCUUUCCAAUGAAUCUUGGCCAGCAACUUGUUUGCUGAGCAUCAUGAGAAUGCUAGUCUUUUGCAAGAAUGUUAAUCUUAUUUAUGUAAAAACUAGUUCAAAAAUGGGUGUGCAGGCGUGUACCUUAUUAAAUCUGCUGCUUUAUGAAGAUCUUGAGUGCCUGGACUACUUUGUUCAUAUUAUAUGGAUUUGGGGGUUAGCCAGCCCUAGGUACAGUGCACUGAGGUCCACAGGUGAUGAGUGCGGAUCCCUCCUUUGUUUACAGUCUGUUAGCAUGAGACUGGAUUUGUGAGUGCACAGUGUACUUUAAUUUACAUCAUAUCAACAAUGUAGAAUAUGUUGGCACUUUAUAAAUGCCAGAAAUAUUAAUUUUGGACGCUUUCACAAAGUUCAUCUUCCCUCUCCCGUCUCAUAUUUUACUUUAAUAUCAAUUAAAAAUUUUUUUUUUUUUUUUAAAGGUGCUCUGUCACCUUUAGGGUUCUUUGCAUAUUUGUGGGCAGCAAGGAAGUGAACCUGAAAGUUGAUACGUUUACAUGACGUUCACCCUUGCGGGCUCUACUACCUUCAGUUCUUGGCGUUUCACCCAUCAGGAGCUGUGUUAGUGGUCUAUGGAGGAUCAGAUGACCAUCCCACAGCUGCUGUAGUAUGGUCUUCUUGUAUAUAGAUCAAAAAAAAAAUUGCAGGCUUGUGGAUUUUUGCUGCAAUUAUAAACAACUUUGUGGAGACAGAUUUGGGCGUCUCCUUCAUAACCUGUGCAAUGAGCCUACGUUGUCUGUGUUUAAACUAUUGAAGUAUUUAAUUUAGGUUAAAUUUCAUGGUAGUGUCCCCUUAUUCACAAAACCUCUUUUUUCCUGUUUUUUUUUUUUGUUUUUUUUAAUUAAAUGUAUUUAAUUUUUAUGGCCAUUUGUUAAGGCACUUUUCAUUAUUUUUAAAAUGCAAGUGCUUUUAACAUGCCGGCAUUUGCAGUAUUUUAUGCUCUGAAGAAAUUGCACCACCCAGGACCAUGCAGUUAUCUGUUAUUGUGUAUAACUCUGCUUCAAAAAGCUGUAUUGUCUGGUCUGUCAAAGAAAGAUAUUAAAUAUCCAACCAACACUAAUUUUGACCUUUAAUGUGUGUUUUGCAGGUCAGUUUGAAAUAAAAAUAAUAAAACUUUCAAAAUAAAGUAGAAUUUGCUGUAAAGCCUGUAAUCUCAUGGACGGUGUAGCAUGUGCAGAUUUUAAAUGGUUUGUAGCUUCCACUCACUAGGUACUUUGACUCUGGAUACAUUUGAAGGAUGUACAAUCAUGAAAAAUAAAAUAAAAAAAUAAAUAAAAAAAUAUAUAUAAAUAUAUAUAUUUUGUAUACAUAGCCAAGUUUACCCUUCUAAAGCAACCUUUUUAUUCUCACGGCUUCUGACAAGGAGGGGGUUACGAGUCCACUUAAAAUGAUUUUAUUGAAUGGAAUAGGUUGGGGCACAUUAAAGUUUCCAUUUUGGCACUUAUAUCUUUUAUUAUGGCCGCAGGUGAGUGAAAAUUCAGCACUUCAGAUUAAGGCCUGGUUUAGUCAUUUUAAAGUCCUGAUAAUUAUAUAGUUAAAUGAACACUUUAAAUGGGUGUUGUGUGUUUGUUUUUGUGUGUGUUUUGUUUUUUUUGUUUUUUUAGAUUUCUGAUUAGCUCAUUUACUAGACUAAUAUAAUGUAAUGGCUCACCUAGGCAUAAGCCUACCCCAAUGCCAAUGUACGCCAUUCUUGGCAGGUCCUAUCCUUGUAACCUAAUGUUUGCUCUUAUGAGAUUAAUCCACUUACUUGGGAAAUGCUUCCUCCUGGGUCUCUCUCUAAAUCAUAUCUAUCUCUAGGCCAACUGCCCAGUUUUGCACCCCUACCUGUCACCAGUGCCUCAUUCCAGGGCCAUAGUUAACCUUGUCCUAGACUCCCAAAUAAAUAGAUGUAUGUUGAUACUUAGUCACCCAUCUGUGCACUGUCUUCUGCGUCGCAUCCUCUGCUAUUGGAGAGCAGGAAAGGGAAAUAGUGGAAGGUGUAUAUUAAGGACCAUUUGAGAGAACUCUGGGUAACAUGGCAGCUGUGAACAUAAUGAUGAAUAGUCCUUAACCACCUUCUCCUAGUAAACAGGGGAACCUCCAUUUUAACACGGGAGAGAAACAAAUCUAAAAUAUUUUUUUGUGUUUAUUCCCCCCACCUCCUUCCCAUGGUUUGGAAGGCUCUAUGUAUUUUUAUUUUAGACAGUGAGGAGAUUUUGCAGAAAAUUUGUCCCUCGCCUUACCUUUAAAUUCAGAAAAGAUUUCUGAAUACGUUGGUAUUUUGCCAUCCUUUUGUAAUGCAGGCUUGCUGCAGCAAUAUGAUUAAAGGGAUUAUAACAAAUGGAGUUAAAUGGCAAGCCAUUUUCAAUGGUUGGACACCUAUCAGAAGUGGAGACACUGAAUGUGCAGCACUGCCAUAGGAAGUACCAGUGGAGUUAUUGCUAGGCUGUAAUGUAAACACCGUGUUUUCUCUGAAAAGACCAUGUUUACUACAAAAUUCAUGCGGGGACUGACUAUACUCAUCAGAACAAAUACAAUAAGCUGUAGUUGUUCUGGUGACUAUAGUGUCCCAAUAACGUAAAGUUUUUAUUUUUGUCAUUUAAAGAACAUGUGACGCUACAUGUUGGGUUUUGCAGAGCUGUCUGUGAAAACAAUGGAAGGACUAUAGUUUGGCGAAAUAUCCUUCUCUACACAUUUUUGUUUUGAAUAUUUUUAUUGUUGUCAUAACACAUGUGCAGGUAGCAUCUUUGUGAGUAGUGAAGUAAAGGUUGCCCAUGCAGGGGCGCAAGGUUGCAUUACAUACAUUUGUUUGCGUUAAGUCGCCUACACAGAGGCUGGUUGGUCAUGCAUAAUACAGCAGAUAUAUGUAUAAUUAGUUACUCGCAUUUUACAUCUGUAUGACUUGCAGUGUAUCUAUAUUACAGUUGCAUCUGUGAAUAUUGUUUUGAGUGUUUCUGCUUAAUUUUGUACGGUUUUGCUCUGGUGCCUGUGCUUGCAAGCUGCCUGUGCGUCUGAAUAUCUGUUGCUUUGUGUAGUUUGGUGUUCCAUGGUCGUGUGUGUCUAUUUGUGCACUGCGUUUGUCACUGUACGUGUUCUGAUGGGUGUUCCCCUUUGUGUCUGGUUUUAAGGGCUUCGGUUAGGUGUGUGUGUAUGUGGCGUGGCCAACUUUUGGUUCUGUGUCUCCCAUGUGUGUUUUUCCUUCCUGUGCUGUCUGCGGUGUUGCCCCACUCUGUGUCUUGGCUGUCUAUGGGUCCAUUGAGGGUUGAGUUUCUUGUGGCGCUGUGUAGGGUUGCUUCAUUCUGGUAGUGUCGCCUGUCAGUCUCGUUGUGUGGGGGUGUCUUGUUAAGGCCUUUCGGUUAUGUUUUGCUACUGUGUCUGUCCUUCGAGGUGUGGUUGGGGUUUGAAAUAGGGGGGGGUGGGAGAGGGUGUUGGGGGGUUAUGAGUGUUUCCGUCCCCUGCCGCCGCCACCUCCCUCCGCCUCCCGCCCGGUCCCCGAUUGCAGCCUUCCUUGUCUCAUCCUUUCUGGUUACUGUGUGACCAGGCGGCGUUGAAAGUCAUUUGAUGCGGUUAAUCGUAUCCAGUGAAACCAGCGUUUGGUGUAUCGGUCCCUAAGUUUCGGAGUGUUUGCCUUUAUAUCUUCGAAUUUCCUGGUGGUUUCCACCUCUUCCAGCCAUCGUGUUAUCGGAGGUGCGUUUACCUGCUUCCAGUAGAUGGGGAUGAUUGUUUUGGCUGCGUUCAGCAACUGCGGUAUUACUGAUCUGAUGUAUGUCUGCGCGGUCAUGUUGGUGUGAUGGAGGAGAAAGGUGGCUGGGGACCCCGGGAGCAUCUCGUCUGUUACUUUGUAUAUUAUAUCUCUAAUGGUGUCCCAGAAGGGCCGGAGCCGUGCACAUGCCCACCAGAUAUGUAGAAACGUGCCUGUUUCCUCCCCGCAUCUCCAGCAGGUGUCUGGUAUACCUGGGUUCCUGACGUGGAGCGCAGUCGGUGUCAGAUACCAUCUGGUGAGUAUCUUGUAAGAGUUUUCUUGCAGGCGUGCUGAGCUUGGUGUUUUUUGUAUUAGGGUGAUGCACUUGUCCCAGUCCGCUUCCGACAUGGUCUCAUUUAGGUCUUCUUCCCAGUUCCUUAUGCAGGGCGGUGCCAAUAUGUACCUACUAGUGACCAAUAUUGUGUAUACCUGUGAGAUGGCUCGGGGUGGUUCGUGUGCACAGGUUUUCGAAUUAUGUAGUUUCCCUCAGUAGGGAUGGUUUUUGCGGGAUGGAUCGGGCAUAUUGGGAGAUUUGCGCUCUCGCCAGUGUGUGAGAGAAAGUGAGUGGUCUGUCCGGGAAGAGUUCUGUUAAUGGCCGAAUGCCGAACGGGUGCACAAGGACGUCUGUCAUGCGAGGAAUUGUUGGGUGUCCUGCUGGGCCCGGUGUGGGGCCAAGGUCGCCUGCUGGGAAGUCUGGGUUGCCUCUUAGUGGCAACAGCGGGCCUGGAUCUGUCGUCAGGUAGUGUUUUGUGCCCUGCCUGUGCCAGACCCUCAUGGUUGCCGCCACGAAGUUAGUGAUGCGUUUGCGCCUGUACGCCGCCGCGGAUAUCCAAGGCAGUGUCCAGCGGUCACAGUUGGUGGUAUCGGAUUCCAGUUGGGUCCAUGGUUUUGUGCCGCUGGCUACCGUCCAGCUGAUGACUCGUGUAAGGUGUGCUGCGUGAUAGUAUCUUUCAAAAUCGGGGAGCGCUAGGCCCCCUCGGAGUUUGGGUAGGAUUAGCUGGGUAUACGCUAUGCGUGGGGGUCUGCCUUUCCAUAUAAACGUGCGGACCUCUGCCUUCAAUGCCUUGAAGAAUGUUUGUGGGGCUUGUUUGGAACACAAAGAGUAGUUUGGGUAGUAGUGUCAUCUUGACCGCAUUUAUCCUCCCCAGCCAUGAGAUGUAAUAUGGGCUCCAUCUAUGCAGUUCCUCCGUCACUUUUUUUUAAUAUGGGGAGGUAGUUUUGUGUGUACAGGUCUGCCGGAUUGGAAGUAAGCCAAACCCCCAGGUAUCGCAUGCGGUGGUCGCACCAGCGGUAUGGGUGGUGCCUCUGAAGUGUAUGUCUGUCCGUGUGUUUGAUGGUUAAGUUCAGUAUCUCUGAUUUUGAAUAAUUAAUUUGGAGGUUUGAGAUUCGUCCGUAUUCCUCAAAUUCUGUCUGUAUCGCUGGUAGGGAAGUUUCUGGGUUCGUGACUACGAACAGCAUAUCGUCUGCAUACGCUAGCGUUUUGUGAUGUGUGUUUCCGAUUGUAAGCCCCUGGAUGGCGGCAUUGUGUCUGAUCCUUUUUAGGAAUGGCUCCAGUGUCAGUGCAAAGAGUAAUGGCGAUAGUGGACAGCCUUGUCUGGUCCCGUUAUGUAUCCGGAAUGGGUCUGUCAGUGCACCGUUAAUCCUGAUUCGCGCCGUCGGGCUGGUGUAUAGUGCCUUCACCCAAAUGCCAUACCUCGGUCCUACUCCCAUGGCGUGGAGGGUUUCCAUCAUCAUGUCCAGUCCACCCUGUCAAAUGCCUUCCCCGCGCUGUGGACAAGAGAAGGGUUUGGUUCUGUUGGGUUCUGAUGUGCGCUAUGAUGUUCAGGGCUCUGAUGGUGUUGUCCCUCACCUCCCUGCCUGGGAUGAACCCCGUUUGGUCCAGAUGUAUUGUGGCCGGUAGUAAUGGCGCCAGUCGUAGCGCUAGUACGCUGGCCAGAAGCUUGAUGUCCGUGUUCAGCACCGAUAUUGGGCGGUAACUUGAGCAUAGUGUUGGGUCUUUUCCCUCCUUUGGGAGUAGAGUGAUAUUCGCCGAGGUGAACUGGGCGGUUGGUGUGGCUCCCUCUUGUAUGGAGUUCAGGGCUUUCAGUAGUUUCGGCAUGACGUCUUGUGCGACAACUUUGUAGUAUUGAAGGGGCAUCCCGUCUGGUCCCGGUGCCCUGCCUGUUUUUGCCUUCUUAAUGGCGUAUGCCAUUUCUUCCUGCGUAAUGGGGGUUUCUAGUGCUUCUUGGUCAGCCUCUGAUAUUUCUGGCAUAUGUGCCGAGCUCUACACAUUUUUGGGCUUUGCAGCAAGAAUUGGAUUCAAAGUGAGAUUUGAAUGCAUUCUCUCUAAUGCAGUGUUCUCAUGGCCUACCAACAGUCCAGGAUUAGUCCGUAUCUCCUUUGAAAUAAAACUGGGAAAUGCAUCAAUCCUGGAUUGUUGGUGGGCCAUGAGGACCGGUUUGGGAGCCACUGUUUUAAUGCAUUUAAAGAGAGUGAAGCUGCAGCAGCUUGAAGUGAAGAAGGAAUGUGCGCCCCUUAAAAAAUACAAUCUUAAAACUUGCUUUUCAAACCACCUCCAGAUGCGUGGUGGAUUUUAACUUUAUUUUAUUUUAUUUUUUUUCCUUUUUUUACUGCAAGGCUUGUUUUAAUUUGCAGUUUAUUCUAGAUAGUUUAGCUCUAGUGAAUGUGCUGGUACUUUAAUAAAGGCUACAGAAUAAUUUAAACUAUAUACCGUGAUUGUGUAAUUCCUUUACUAAUCAUAUCAAGUAAAUUCCCAUUUACUAAAGGAGGAGAUAACGAAACACUUUUUUUAUUCUAUUACAAAGAAAUUUCACUUAAGUCCGAAAUAUUAAUUGCUGCUUGCAAACCUAUUCCCAUAUAUGCGUCCUAGUCUUAAUCUGACAGCCAUUACAGUGAUUACAUUUUCAAAAACUACUGAAAAGCUAUUAGACUAUUGGACACAGAUUAAUUUGAGUUUGAUGUGUUUUGUUACAGGCUCCUCCAUAUAUCAGAGAAUACUGCCGACUGUAUUUCACUGGGGAUAAAGCACCAGCGUCAAAGGUAACGCUAGUUGUACAAUCAUUUUAGCGGCUGUCCACUACACCACAGCAAAGAGGUUUUGGAUAGGGGUAUCCAAGAAAAGCAUAGAACAGAAGGAAUACUGAAAUCAAAAAUAUUAUAUCUACAUAUGUAGAUGGAGCACAUCAGAAUGGACUGAAUGUUCUGAGUAUAAUAAAUAUGUAUGUCUACUUGUCUGCCUCUUGUGACCUUGAGAGAAGACGUCCAUAAAUAAUUGGAGAGUUGUUUUUUUUUAUAUAUGUGUAAGUUUCCACAGCUUGAUAACCUUUUUACUAUGAUGUCUGUACCAUGGUUUACUCCACCAUACCAGUUAUUCAGUGACCUUGUAGCCCUAAACAGGGUUUUUGUUGCUUCUUAUUUAUUUUACUCCUUUCAGGAUGACUUGGAAUUGUUGUCUGCUCGACCACCUUCUAGUGAUUUCCAGUUUCUGAAAUGCCCAAAGCGCAGCAGAUUGGGGUCUUCUCCUUCUUCAACGUCUUCAUCUUCAUCACUCCAGGAAAAAACACAACAGCAUACAGAGGAGGCCUUAAAGGAGCUGUUCCGGCAUGUUCACAGUAUGCCAGAUUCUGCUAAAAAGAAGAAGCUUAUUCGUCAGGUACAAACAAUUUUCUUUCUUUUUUUUUUUCACCUACAUGACACAUCAUAUUCUUAUUAUUGGUCUUUAUAUAGCUCCAACAUAUUCCGUAGUGCUUUACAAUAUUAUAAAAGGGGGGUAUUUAACAAUUAAUGAGACAAUUACAAAAUGUUACAGGAACAAUAGGUUGCUGAGGACACUGCUCAAAUGAGCUUACAGUCUAUAGGAGGUGGGGUAUAAAACACUAUAUAGGACAGGAGAUCACAAUUAAGCAAGGUGGGAGUGAAGCAGAGCUGGAGGAGCGAGUAGAGUGCUGCCCUUUAGGAGAGAACAAGAGACCGGUGUGUCAGGUAGAGGUUACUCUGGGAAGCCAUAAGCUUUCCUGAAGAAAUGUGUUUUGAGGCACUUUGAGGACUAGGAGAGUCUGAUGGUGGCAUGCAGGCUAUUCCAAAGGAAGGAAGCUGCCUGCGAGAAAUCCUGCAAGCACGAGUUAGCCAUAUGGGUGCGGACAGGAGAAGGGGCAGAGCGGAAAGACUGAGAAGAGGCAUACAUGUGAAUCGGUUAAGAGAUGUAACAGGGGUUAGAGUUGUUCAAUGCUUUUUAGGUAUGGACUAAUGUAAGAACCGAUAGAGGUGUGCGGUAUGAGAGGAGCGACUAGAGAGGAAAAUUAGUCUGGCGUCAGAAUUCAUUAGACUGUAGCGGGGCAGUAUGGCUUCUUGGGGAAAACCAAUUGGGAGAUAAUUACAAUAAUCAAUGCAAGAAAUUGCUAGAGCAUGGGCAAGUUUCUAAGAAGCAUCUGGGUUAAGAAAAAGUCAGGCACGGGCAAUGUUUUUUAGGUGGAAUCGACAAGAUUUGUUAACAGACUGGAUGUGAAGCCAGAAUUGAGUAUAAAUGCAAGAAUGUGCGCUAGCAAGGAUGGCCUGAUGCGGGUACCAUCAACUUGAAGGGAGAGCGAAAGAGGACAAUAAGUAUUAUGAGGAGAAAAGACAAGAAGCUCAGUUUGAGAGAUUGUUUCAGAAAGCGGGAGGAUAUGGUAAUGGAAUCCAAAUAAGCUAAUAAGUUUGCCAAGAGAGGCAGUAUAAAGAGAAAAUAGGGGGCGAAGAACAGAGCCUUGGGGGACUCCAACCGAGACAGGAUGAAGGGGGAGUUAUUUUUAUAAAAGGAGACAUUGAAUGAGCGUUGGAAGAGAUCGGAGGAAAACCACAAGAGGACCGUGUCGCAGAGACCAAAGGCAAGAGAGGUCAAGAAUUAGUAUGGAGUAAUGGCAUGAGGGUACAAGGAGGCUCCGGAGAGGGCUCUUCACCGACCCAGCUUCAGCCGACCAGACUUGGUGUCCCAAGACUCUGAACAAGUGCCCACUAUAUAGGGCAGGGCACACAUGAACCAGUUGCAUAGGCCCGUCCCCUCCCGAGACAAUGCUGCCAUUCGUGGCUCUGUGCCCACAACCCAGACCUCCAGGCAAGAACAAUAUCACACAGCGAGAUCUGAGUCCCUAAGUUUGGGGAGGUAGGGGGAACCAGUCACAUACUCACCCACUGGCUUACACACUUUCUAAACCGGGUGUAGAACCCACAAAAUACUUGUUUACCCACAAUAGAAAAGUAUUGUUUAUUUUCCAAUGCCAUACUCUGACGAGAAUGAAUGCUUGCUUAUAUGCGAAAAUUCUAUAAAAAUAUAAAUUGAAAAAAAUAAAAGCAACUUGUCCACCAUAAACCUUUUUGCAAACGGCAAUCUGUAAAUUGAUGGCAAAUAAUCAGACUCUCUUGUUGUUUGGAUCUGAAUGUUCUGUUCCCUAAAAUAAAGUGUGUGGAUGUUCACAGGGCUUGUGGAAUGCUGUGCUCACUUUUUUAACUUUUUAAGUAGACUAGUACCGACAAGUAGUCCACUUUAAACAUAGUAACAGUAAUUUAAGGACCAGGUGAAUGAUCUGUAUAAUUGCUGAUUGAAAGUGGGUGUCGCUAAACAGACCUGCCAAUCGCAAAGAGUGCAGCAGUGAAAGGUGCAAAUAUCUGUUUGACCGUGUGACGUGGUACCAUAAUGCAGCUCUGAAAUAGUGUAAUUUUCUCUAUGGUGCUUAAGUUGUGAUUGUGGUAGAUGUUGAAAAAAGGACAGCUAAAGCUACAACUAUGUGAGGAGACCUAAAAGAACCACAAACUAUUAAGCUAUAUUCAGUAAUAAUGAUCAGGAAGUCAGGUUACGUUUAACACAGGCUGUCCGAAUGCCCUCUGAAAUAUACGCUCUCUUCAGUAGAACUGUGGUUGUGAUGCAUGUUCUAGAAAUAAUGUACAGACUGGAACAAUGGGCAAGAAAUGCUAUCCGUCUGUUAUUUAAACUCUGAAUUUUAGUCAAUUCAAAAAGUGAGGCUGAAAUAUUCUGCUGUGACUACAGCUGAACACGAGAAUUUCUCGAGACCAGAUAUUUCUCACCGUUCUGAGUUCAUUUUAUUUUAGCCAUUUAGGCGGUUUCAGAUUUAUUUUAGUCACUUUCUGCUAAAAUGUACUGGUAGCUGUGCCCUUCUGUGGGUGCACGCCUCUAUUGCCAGCUCUUUCAUGAUUGGCAUUGCAUAAAAAGUCAGGAAAACUAAAUUGGGUGGUGGAGGUGGGCGGCAAGAAAACAGAUGUUUACUUGAAGUUUCUAAAUUCAGCGUCUCUACUUGUCUGACACAUCUGUUGGGAUAAAGAGAAAAAUAAUCUCACACACUUUGACCUCUAGUGGCUCUCUUAACAACUGCAGCGUUCUCGUGUGUGGGUUUUAGAUGACUAGAAUUUACACAGCAGUCAAUACAGUGCUUACUGUAUUUUUAGACUGUGCAAUAUGGUUAAAAGGUGCAGCUAGUUUCGAGCAGCUGGGUCAAUUUCUUCAUUCAAAUAGCCAUCAGAAAUAUGAGAGAUGCUGUGUAGUAACUAAUCAAAUACCAACAUGAAGUUAAAAAACAAAAACAAACCAAUUGUAUCUCAUCAAGGCCCAGAAAACAUGGAGAUUUUUACAGUUGUACAGUGAUCUCACUUGCGGUUGGCAGCUAUGUAAGCAAAGUUUGGUGGUUCUGAUGAUUUUGUUUAAUGUCAUUUAAUUUGGGUUUAUGCCUAAAGUGUGUGUGUGUGUGUGUGUAUGUAUGUAUGUAUGUAUAUAUAUAUAUGUGUGUGUGUGUGUGUAUGUAUGUAUGUAUGUAUGUGUAUAUAUAUAUAUAUAUAUAUAUAUAUAUAUAUAUAUGUGUGUAUGUAUGUAUGUGUAUAUAUGUGUGUGUGUAUAUAUAUAUAUAUAUAUAUAAUACUUUAUUUUCAUUUUCACUUAUGUAAAGGUAACAUAGGCAAACGUACAAUAGGUAACAAGAAAUUGAUUUACAAUAUAGGCAAAUGUAAGGAACAGUACAGAUGAUACAGGUCAUAACAUUGCAGGCCUGUAAUACUGCGGGGUGUCAGUGAGCUAUGUUUAAGGUUGCAAUUGUAACAUAGAUACCCUUAUUUGUUUUCAAUGUUCCACAGCCCUUGCGAUUGGUCCUAUGAGGGAUGUUUGUAUAUGUUGUCAUUAGGGUGUUGCUAUGGGGGGGGGGUUACUUUUUGUAGCUGUAUAUUGGUGGAUGACCAUACCUCUCCAAUUGCCCCACGUGUGGCCAGGGCUACUAGUGCUAUUAGUUUAUUUUUGGCUCUUGUGAAAGUGUCCAGUGGCUUGGAUAGCAGUAGUGCCCAAGGAUUAAAAUUCUUGUGAGGAGGUUGGUGCAAGUUUAGGACAUGUCCACCAGCAGUGGAGAAAUGUUCCCACUGCCCCGCAUUGUUUCCAUUUGUGAUUUGUGGGCAAGAAACGCGUGAUAGCCAGUCAUUGGUGGGGUCGGGUACCAUCAGAAAAGCAUUUUGGUUACACAAAUUGUGAGGGAUGAUAUAGCUUCCCAUAUAUAUGACCAGUCUUCUGUGUCCUCGGAUGGUCCCAGGUCUUCCUCCCAGGCUGUGAUAUAUAUGGGAGGGAGGUGUGGGUCGCAUGCAUUGCAAAUGAGAGGUAGAAGUCUGAUAUAUGGCUUUUCCUGGUAGGAGCUACCAUACAGUCUCUCUCAAAGCUAGUAAGUGGCGCUUUGCCUGCUUGUUGGAUGCUGGGUAUGGCUGCAAAACUGCGAAGUUUAAUGUAUUGAAAGUAAUCAAAUGUUGAGAGAGACUCCGCUUCUGUAAUGUCUGUGUAGGAGAUGAUUUGGUCAUUGGUGAACAGGUUACCCAGUCUCGUUAUUACUCUUCUCUCGAAUUGGGCAAGAUGUUUGGACGUGAGUCCUGGCGGGAACAGUCUGUUCCGGAGAAUGGGGGUCAUCGGUGAUAGCCAAGGCUAGGUCAUAUUUAAUGUGUAGUUUAUCCCACAGGUCAAGUGAGUGAGUAAUUGUAGGUGCCGUCGGAGGGGGUAAGGGGCGAAGCUGUCUGCGGAGCCACAUGUAGAGGGAAGGGUGGUCCCACCCAAAGAUUGAAUGUUCACCAUCUACCCAUCGUUUCUUCAUGGGUGGCAGGUACCACAUCUGAAUUUGGGUCAAGUGUGCCGCGUAAAGAUAAUGUAAACAAGUUAGGGGGCCCAGCCCUCCCGACUUCCUUGGGACAUGCCGGUAUAAUGUUUCCCUGCGAACUCUGGGUUUGGUGCCAUUCCAGAUAAAUUUAUUAAUUGCUAUCUGCAGGGAUAUAAGGUCCGUUGUAGGGAAUGAGACCGGUAGGGUCCGGAACACGUUAAAAAAACAAAAACAAAAAAAAAACGGGGUAGGAGGUUCAUCUUGACAGAAGUGACACGGCCCAGCCACGAGAUCCCCAAUGAUUUCCAUGCUUUGAGAUCAGCGUAUGACUUAUCAAGCAUUGGAGCGUAGUUUGUUCGGUACAGGGAUGUGACAUCUGGGGUGAGUUGUAUGCCUAGGUAGGCGAUGGCAGACUCACAUAUUCGUAGGGUAAAUUUUGCUUUUAGAUGUGAGGUCAGUGCUAGAUAUGUGGAUUGGGAGGAGCUCCAAUUUCAUUAUGUUCAGCUUAUCCCCCGAGAUAAGGGAGUACGAGUGUAUCAGUUAUUCAGUAAUAAAAUAAGCUAUGGAGGUGGCCGGGUUAGUCAGGGUUAAGAGGACGUCAUCUGCAUAUGCAGAGGCUUUAUAGAGCUGGCCUCUGACGUUAAUCCCCUCUAUGCCUGGACUGGACCAGAUCGCUUCUAGCAAGGGCUCCAGGGACAUGGCGAAUAAGAAGGGGGAAAGUGAAAAUGUGUCUUUUUGUACGAGCUUGUGAACUAUUUAGUAAACAUUUUGAUCUCUGAAAGGUAUGGCAUUACCAUAGCUUAAUGGAACAUUCCAAGCAGCAUAACAAGUUCAGUUUGCUGUAGUGGUUAUUGUGCCAGUCAAACCGUUUUUGAAAGGUUUGACUUAUAAGCGAGGGUCUGCCAGGUGCCUCUCCCCAUCUCCACUACUUAUGAGAGCUAGACUUUCCCAAGCAUGGCUAAUUCUGCAUUGCAGUGCUUGGGGCAGGAGAACGAACGGAAGUUCCUGCUUGGUAACUCAGUGUGGCCAUCCAAUCCUAAUUACGGUAAGCUGUAAAGUUCCUGCUCAGACUCCCCAGCAUUCUUAGUGGAUGUAGGUAGCUGAUCCUAGGUAAGAUGUCAAACCGUUCAAAACUGUUUAAUUCCUUUCAAUAGGGGGGAGGUGUGCCAAAGUUCCCCUGGCUGCAAAACCACUACUUAGAGCUAAAGUGCUCGGAAACAAAGAAAUGGAAAUCUUUUUAUUAUGAUGGCUGCAACAUUAUGAAAAUUACAAUACUUUUCAUCUAUUUUUUUUUUUUUUUUUCCUUAUAGUUCCACAAGCAUAAUCCUGGAACCCCCAUCUCUAAUUCCAAAGAGCCUUCUGAAAAGAAACACACUCGUUCUCGAUCCUUCAGUGGGAUGAUUAAGGUAAGUUACAAUGCGUAUAUAGUAUGUUUGGCAACACUGUACCAUUUAAAGAUUAUUGCUCCAUUGAUUUCUGGUGAACCUUGCACGACAGCAUCUCAUUUAUCAUUGUUAUAGACAGGAUAGAGAUAGAUAGGAUGUGUUAUCAGAGCAGGCUGACACACUCAGUUUGAAGGGCCUUGUUUGCAAGCUUACUCUGUUGUUUUAGGGUCUCCGUAAAAAGGAAUGCUUUAAUGCCUUUUCUUCAUUUGAAUAUCACAUAUUAAAGGAGUGUUAGGAAUACAAACUAUAGUAAAAAGGUACUUAAACUUGCCUUUUCUUAAUUGCCUUGCUGGUCUCAGCAGGCUGGCCCUGCCUACAUAGCUCAGAUUAUCAAUCUUGACUAUCUCGACCAAUCCAAUGCAUCUGUUUGGAGAGUAUUCAGCGUCUCCAUGCACAGUGUGGAGACACCGAACGCAGUUGUGCACACAAUGUAGCUGAAAUAGGAAGCACCUUUUGUUGGCCGUCUGAGUGUCUGCAUCUAGAGGUGACUGCCCCUAGAGGUUUCUAGGCAGCAAUAUAAGCACUGCCUUUUCUCUGAAAAGGCAGUGUUUACAUUGCCGAACCUGCAGGGACAUGCUAUAAGCUAUAGUGUCCCUUUAAAGAUAAACUAUACUGCUAGGCUCACAAAGUGAAGACUUCCAGCGUCAGGUGACCAAAAGUUGCCUAACCACCAAGAAGUCCUUCUGGUAGACAGCCACUAGAGGUAGAGUUAACCCUGCAAGGUAAUUAUUGCAGUAAAUCAAUAACUGCAAUAAUUACAACUGUAAGGUUAAGGGGAAUGGGACAGUGCACCUAGACCAUGGGUCCUCAAACUCCGGCCCCCCAGAUGUUGCUGAACUACAAUUCCCAUGAUUCUUUGAAUUACAUAGCCAGAGAAUCAUGGGAGUUGUAGUUCACCAACAUCUGGGAGGCCGGAGUUUGAGGACCAAUGAACUGACAUGGUCUGGGUGCCUAUAGUAUCCCUUUAAGCCUACUGCUUUGUUGAAGAUUAUUUAUUCAUUUAUGUUGCCCAAGACAGAAACGCAGUAGCUGACAGAGAUGGUCAUUUUUAUUUAUUUUAUUUUAUUUUUAAUGGGCUUUCACGGUAACUUUGUAAUUUGCUUAUUUGACGAUGGAGACAUUACAUUAGUAUUUAAGACUGCACACUUAUUCUUGUUGGUCACAUUUCCAAAGCAUUGACAAACUGAUAUUAUUUUAGCGCAAGGUUUUGGGCGGCCAGGUUGCUUCAGAAAAGAAGACCAAAACUAUAACCCCUCCGUCAUCAGAUGGGUCGGACUAUGCCAAAGAAAACCUCAAAUAUGUAAGUCCUUUUAAUUUUUUCUCUUUAUUUCUAGUAAACUUAGUAUCCUUAAUAGCCCUAGCAGCUGUGCCUAUUAGUUUAUGUAGUUGGUCUAAGCCCUGGAUUAUUGGUGCAACUGCAGCUAGUGCCUAUCAACAUUCACAUACAAUAAUCAUAAGAAAUCACUGAAUGAACAAAUUUACUUCAAUGCCUUUCGUUCAUUUGGAUUACGCACAGGAUGCUGCAGCCAAUGACCGCGCAUAGGCCAUUUCUUGUGAGAUUUUUCUGACCGAUCCUUUGACACAAUCCCAGACCAAUCAUCAUAUUGAUUUUGAGUGAUUGUUUAUCAGCCAAAGUCAAGUUCUUGAAGCAUUGGGCCAAUCUUAAGCUUAAAGGGAUGACUGCCUGUCCGUUUUUCAUUUCCUGACACUUGGCACGGAGACUAUAAACUAGUAUUGUGUUGGAUUGAGUUCUGUUUCUUACAGUCUUGGUGAGAGAAAUUGAGCUAGCUUGUGAUCCAAAUGCCUGGUGAAAAAGCUAAUAAUUUCAAUAGAUUUAACCUCUGCAGAUUUUUUUCUUUUUCUCCAACAUUUUGAUAUGCUGUCUUAUUUAAGUUUGUUUUUGUUUUUUGUAAACACAAAACAAUUUGACCAUAACUUUCUUACUUUAAAAAAAAUAAAUAAAUAUUUGUGUGUAAGCUGGCAGUGACCAUGCUGGGACAUCAGAGGAUGCACUGGGUCUCUGCUAUCCACAGGGAAACGGUGUGAUUUGAUUGGCCAGAAGCUCUGUGUGUGUUUUUAGGACUUGUAUCUCUAAUUAUAUGGUUUAUUUGUAAGGAUGAGGAGAAUUUACUCUCAGAAUUUUAAAAAUGUAUAACCUGUUAUCUUUGUAUGGCAUAAAUAAAAUCUUGUAGUCCGUGUAGGGACACUAUAGUCACUAGAACAACUAUAGAUUAUUGUAUUUGUUCUGGUGAGUAUAAGCCGUCACUUCAGGCUUUUUGCAGUAAAUGCUGUUUAUUUUUUUAAUUAUUUUUUUUUUUUCAGAGAAACGUCAGUGUUUAUAUUACAGCCUAGGAUAACUCCACUGGCCACUUCUCAGAUUGCCACUAGAGGUGCUUCCUGGGGGCAGUGCUGUACAGUGUGACUGCCAUUCAGUGUCUCCAAAUUCUGUAUGGACAAACUGAAUUUUCCUCAUAGAGAUACAUUGAUUCAAUGCAUCUCUACGAAGAGAUGUUGAUUGGUCAGGAAGGUGUUUGGCUCUGUCCCCCCGGCCUGCCUCUUUGGCUGAGAUCACCAGAAUUGGCAAUCUCUGCCAAUCCAAUGUUUUCCUAUGGGAAUGCAUGGUGAUUGACUGAGAUCACUUCUGAUGAUGUCAGCCAAGGCAGAUCAAGGGCAGGGGGCUAGCUGGUGUUUUUAACCCUAUAGGGUUGAGAGAGAGAGAAACUUUUUUUCCCCCCUCUUUAAAGGGACAUUAUAGGGACACAGAGCACUUCAGCUCAUUGAAGUUGUGACGAAAGCACCUUUGUCACUGGGAUUUGGAGAGGCCUGCUUGCCGGCCUCUUGCCUUGUGACUUUGGCCCUUGGGAUGUAUUGCCCUUUAAACACUAUAUUUGGGCUUAUGGGGUUUUAAUACACUAUUUCUGCCCCAAGACUAUGGGCCCUGCAAAAACCCAUGCUUAAAAAUGACUUCUAUGGGAAAAUGUGCCUCUUCCCCUCCCCCCUUUUCCUGUCCUAUUGUUCUCCAGCAGGGUAUUGUCCCAGGGACACUGCCAGACCAGUUGAAACUGGCUGCUUUGUCCCUCCUCAAUCUCUCAUCAGCCCUUGCUAUUGUUUAACCGCAUGGCGAUCCAACUGUAUUCGUGAGAUCUGAGCGCUUCUGACAUAUUGAGCGCUCAGAUCCAAGCUAUCUGGGGAUAUGUUGGACAUCUGGUUAAACAUUGUAUUAUAUGAGUUUAUGUAUUUUUAUGUGGUUUUUGUAACAGUUUUUGUACUUAGAGAUAUUUUCUGUACCUGGAGAUAAUUAAGUUGCCACAGCCAAUUAUCUCCAGGAUAGAAGAGAAGAUAUACCAGCUGCACAGCCUAAAUCUGUGGAACUCUUUUGGGCAUGAAAGCCAUGCUGAACCCCUGCUCUGAUCUGGGUGAUUUUUGGAUAUGUUGUUCACCAAGAUCAGGGCUAUCCUGUAUAAUUUGUGGGGAUAGGUGGUUGUUUUGGGGUGUUUCUGUGUUUUGGGUAAAAACUGUAUAUUUUCUGCUUGUGAUUAAGUUAGCCCAUUGUGGUUGGUGAUUAUAUCAAAGUCAGAGGGGGGGGGGUUUGUGUGCUGUACUGUACAGUGUUGAUUGGCUGUUGUAACUCUGUGUCCUGUGUACCACAAGGCCACGUGGGUGGUAACCUUGUGGGAAAAUGUGUAUUAAAGAAAGGCCUUUUGUGCUCAUUAAACAGACCUGCUUACCCCUUCAUGAAGUCUUGGCUCAUGUUUGGGGGAUUUGAGACCUACACUCUGGGAAUUGCUAUAAUCACUAUACUCCCCAGAGUAUCAUCAUUAGCUCUUGUAAGAGCUGUUCCUGUUCCUGGUUCCUGCAUAUCUGGAUUUAGGAGAGGUUCACCUGCUGGAAGCUGGAGCCCGGUCUUGGGUCCAGGGUGGGUGGAGGACGGUGAAACCCCAAACCAAGCUGCGGCGGCUUGUGGGGUUGGCUGUGAUUGUGGUGUCGAGUGCGGUGCUGGUGUUCCUUGGCAAGCACUAGGAGCAUUGUUUGACGCAGGCGUUAUGUCACAGAAGUGGUCUGGGUGCAUAUUCCUUAGCCCUGUAAUAGUAAUUAUUGCAUUUAUUGAGAAACUGCAAUAAUUACCUUGCAUGGUUAACUCCACCUCUAGUGGCUGUCUACCAGACAGCUACUAGAGGGACUUCCAGGAUCUAGAGGCGACUUUUGGUCGCCUGAUGCUGGAUGUCCUCAUAAUAUGCAAGAGAAUGUCAAUCACCCGAAACCCCAUUGGAAAGCAUUGUAUAAUGCUUUCCUAUGGGGGAAGUCCUAAUGUGAGCUCGGCCAUUGCCCUUCAUGCACAUGAGGUCUCCACCCCAAGCUCCAUGGGGAGGGAGAGGGGGACUAUUGGAAGCUAUAGUGCCAGGAAACCACUUUGAGAGAGCAUAUAAGAAGUCCAUGUUAGAGAAAUUUUCCAGUGCCGUUGCUUUGUUAUUAAAGCGGCACUGUCAUGCCGAACUUGCCUUUCUUCGAUUCCUCUUCUCUCCCUCUGUCAGGAACCCCCUCACCCGUGAGUGGCAGGUGGAGACCCUAAAUGAAAAGGGGGGUGGUGGACCUAGUGUCCUCCCCGGCCCCCAUCCAUGAGUGUCGGGUGGAGGCCCUAACUUACGGGGGGGGCGAAUCCCAGGCAGUUUCUUCAUUAACAAGUAUUGUUUUGUAUAGUAAUAACCAAACCUAACUUUCUUCUUUCAGAUGGCCGUGGAUUCUCCUGCAGUUUAUUUCACGCGGGCAAAGUUAAAACUUUCAGAUGAAUUUCACAGCAGGAAAGAGGUCAGUAUGAAAUAUAAAAGUUACCAUUGGAUUUAACGCAAUAAUGUAUACAGGUAGUUUGUAAUCUUUUCAGCAGCUGGAAUAUCUCACACUUAAAAAGGUUCUUCCAUCACACUUAGAACAUUUUUUUGUUUGUUUGUUUGUUUUUUUUUGUUUUUUUUCCUUAAGUAAUAGCUAUUCAUUAUUCUUUACCUGGGGACCCUGUAGUAAUUCUAGCUUGCAGUUGUUGUCAGUCUGAGUUCUUUACAUCACACAGAAGUUUGAAUUAAAAGAAGAUUAAAGGGAAAACUUGUCGUACCUACAAAAAGCCCCUUAUUUUAAACUCUUUGCACUCAAAAAAAAGUUGUAGUAUUUUUUUAUUUUUUUUUCUGCCAAAAUAUUGCUAGUCUGCCAAUAUCCUGUUACUUUAAUUUAUUACCAUAAUGGUUUGCAUAAUAUGUAUUUUUAUGAGCACAUACAUUUUUUUUUUUUUUUUUUUUUAAAUUCUUUUUAUUUCCAGCAGGCAUCAACCAAAUCCAAAAGUCGUCAUCUGAUGUCUACGCAAGAGACGUCAAUUUAA